CUCUUUUAGACUUGCCAGAAGCAACAGAGCAGUAAAGAUGAAGAUCUUAUUCACCUUUUCAAUUUUUUUCUUCUCUGCUUUUGAACAAGCAGCUGCUUUUGCUCACUAUGACAAGAUUUUAACUCACAGUCGAAUAAGGGCACGCGACCAAGGCCCAAAUGUCUGUGCCCUUCAGCAAGUUAUGGGAACAAAAAAGAAAUACUUCAGCACCUGCAGAAACUGGUACCAGGGAGCCAUCUGUGGAAAGAAAGCAACUGUCUUAUAUGAGUGCUGUCCUGGCUAUAUGAAGAUGGAUGGUAUGAGAGGAUGUCCUGCAGUUGCUCCUAUUGAUCAUGUAUAUGGUACACUUGGAAUUGUGGGAGCUACCUCCACGCAGCAGUAUUCUGACAUAUCAAAGCUGAGAGAAGAGAUUGAGGGACGAGGAUCAUUCACUUUCUUUGCACCAAGCAAUGAAGCCUGGGAGCAAUUAAAUGCAGAAAUUCACAGAAAUUUGGUAGACAAUGUAAACAUUGAACUGUAUAAUGCUCUCCACCACCACAUGGUAAACAAGCGCAUGUUGACAAAAGAUCUUAAGAAUGGCAUGACUCUGGUGUCUAUGUAUAAUGACCAGAAAUUGCUCAUUAACCAUUAUCCUAAUGGGGUUGUUACUGUUAACUGUGCCAGGGUCAUCCAUGGCAACCAGAUUGCUACCAAUGGUGUUGUUCAUGUUGUUGAUCGUGUCCUGACUGCUAUUGGAAAUACCAUUCAAGAUUUCAUUGAAGUUGAGGAUGAUCUUUCAUCUUUUAGAGCUGCUGCCAUCACAUCAGAGGUCUUGGAUGUUCUUGGAAAGCCUGGUCAUUACACAGUCUUUGCUCCUACUAAUGAAGCUUUUGAGAGGCUUCCAAGGGGAGUCUUAGAAAGGAUCAUGGGUGACAAGGUGGCUUCUGAAGCUCUUGUGAAGUUUCAUAUUUUAAAUACUCUCCAGUGCUCUGAAGCCAUCACAGGUGGAGCUGUCUAUGAAACCUUGGAAGGAAACACAGUUGAAGUUGGUUGUGAUGGUGAAAGUCUGACUGUGAAUGGAGGGAAGAUGGUGAAACGCAAAGAUAUUGUGACCACCAAUGGUGUCAUCCACCUCAUUGAUGAAGUGCUAAUUCCUGAUUCUGCCAAACAAGUCUUUGAACUUGGGGGUGCCCAGCAGACUACUUUUACAGAGCUGGUGGCACAGCUAGGACUGAGAGCUUCUCUAAGACCAGAAGGCCAAUACACUCUCCUGGCACCUCUGAAUGGUGCUUUCUCAGGUCAGUAGCCCUAAAUGA